AUGUCUAACGAACAAGAUGAGCUGGGUUAUCCCCAUUUUGCACUUAUCUAUAUCGACCGCGAGGGUAAUCUGCGUCACCAAGCCUCACAGUCUGUCGCCCACAGCCGUGAAUCUAUCCUCUCCCCGCGAGUUACCGACGCAUUUCUGCGAGCUGUAGCUAGUUCGAGAGGGCCUAACCCAUCACAUUCUUCAUGUAAGCGUCACAUACUUACCCUCAACUCUUUUAACAAACUUCCCCUGAACGGUGCAUUGAUUCAAAGUAGUCGAGUCGGGCGCUGCGGUCUCUCCCCACACAAGGAACGACUGGUAGCCGGGGUCCUAUGCCUCCUCAACACGGAGUCUCAAAGUGUCGAAAGACAGAGACAGAGGCAAGUAGUGCCUAUUCCUCAGGGGCCAUCGAUGGAUCCGACGAUGUGGUCGACUCAACAACACCCGGAACCUUGGCCACCACAAUGGUCUCGCCAGAGCCUACAAACCCAACGAAGGCAGCCUUGGACCGAAGAAAUUAGUAUGACUAGUGCCCAGAAGUCCUUGAUCUCAAUUACGGACAAAAGAUUUACUCGUCGGUACUACGACAAGGUGUUUCAGAAUCUCCAACAGACUAAUUGCCGUGUCCUGGCUAAGGCCUACAUCAAGCUGGUAGAGCCACGCAAGCAAGUGAAUUAUCCUUACAAUGGACGCAAAAUUGUUGCUGGAAAGACCCAGCAGCUGGAUCCAGAUGAGACAAAGCCACCGUGGUGGCCAGCAGGAGUGAGCCACCGUGAGCCUGACCACCUACCGAAAGCUGAGCGGAUCCGACUUCUGGUCCAUUUACUUUGCGAACUGCGCACUAGUCAUGGAAUCACUGCUCGACGACUAAAGGAGGCAGACCAGCCUAUCCGGCGCCAAAUCACCCCAUCUGAGCGACUGCAAAUUAUGGAUGAGUUCUAUGAAGUAAGAGAAGAAGAAGAGAAGUACGAAGACGGAAAGACAGAUGGCAAAACCCUCAUAUCGAUUUCACGCGCGAAUUUGCCCGAUCCCGUGGACAAACCAAGCAGUCAAAAGUCCAACAGUCGAAGAAGUACUCCGAUCGACGAAGCAGGGCCUAGUCAAGAACGCCCAGCCGAAACUAUGUGUAUUCGCAGUGCUCCGAUGCGAAUCCCCACACCUCAGAACGCAUUUGCAACAGGCGAAAUGUCCGCCAACUUGUCUCCCAACCUCCCUCUCGCUUCCUCGCACAGUCCUACCCAAUAUGUCAAGCCAGAGCUGUCAUUACACCCUGGCAUGAAUACCUCACAAACAUCCUUGUCAGCUGCUUCCGCAUCUGCACAAGAUUUGAAGAGAAAGCGCCACUGCGUUGAAGCUGGAGUUCCUACGAGCGGCGCUCAGAAUCCUUUGGAGUACUACGCACAGGCUCCUGUUUACAUGGCCCCUCAACCUUUCAUGUCGGAGCCCUAUCAUGAGAUUCAGGGGUUUCAACCCCAAGCACAUCCUUCACCGGGUGAUCCGAGUCAACAACACCCUCAUCCCGAAUCAUUUGGAGAGGAGAUGGAUUCAGCGGGAUUUCCUUAUUAUUUUCAUUACUGA